UUCCCAAACAUUACCUAUGACCAUCCAACACUGUUCCUACCCAACAUCAUGCAUCACCACUUAUCACCACUAUCCUGUCAUCAUCCAGCAUCACAUCUUCUCACUAUGACUCAUCAUCAUCCAUCAUUAUUCCUACCCACUAUAACCCCUCUAGGGGGAAGACGAGAGUGGGGAAGGUGGGCGUGGGAUGAUGAUACGUGACAAAAUUACACAAAAUUACACAAUGUUACACUAAUAUUCAAUAUUUAUUAGAAAUUGUCAAGCAAAUACUAAGUAACACAUCUUCUUACUAAAUUCUAUCAUAUUGAGGUAUUUCCUCAUUACUAGUUUUUCGAGUAUUUUAGCUUUGAAUAUGUCCGAGAAAACACAAAAUCACGCAUCGAAAAUUCCAUUUUGGGCACAAAAAUCACAUUGCUACUUUUGCGUCCUCACCACUAAAAUAAUAGGUUGCACCUUGACAAUUAGGCGUAUUCAAUCAACAGCCGCCAUCAGUCAUCGACGCGUCUCCAGCCUCCACUCCCCCACCGAUGUCUCGGCCAGACCUGAGUUAUUGACGUGCAAAGAUGUCGUCUGACGAGGCAGCUGAAGUUGAUGCUGGCGGCGAGCGCGUCAGCCAUGAUGACAAUAGUGACGGUGACGUGCCUGAACCUUCCCGUGGAAGAAAACGCACCAGGAAUCCAGCAGUGUGGAAAAAAAAUGUUGCAAAACACAAGAGAAAUGUUGGUGAGGCUUACAUCAGUGUGAAAACAAACAGACAUGUAGCAGCCCGUGCUAUUGGCCCUCCUUGUGCUGACGGGUGUUUUGACAGGGUAGGACGUGAAGGAAUUCGAGCCAUAUUUGAAGCUUUUUGGGCACUAGGAGAUUAUGAACUCCAAAACGCCUAUAUUCAAAAACUGGUGAAGACUGUGCCCAUCAAGCGAAAGCGUACACUGGCAGAAGUCAGCAGGCGUAGCCAUACUUUUCUCUACAGUGUGAUGAUUAACGGUGCCUCACAUAGUGUUUGCAAAAGAGGAUUUGCCAGUAUGCAUGGCCUUAGUCUUAGCCGUGUUGAAAGUGCAAGCAAGAAAAUGACGUUGACCGGAACCCUAAUUGCAGAUAAACGCGGAAGGCGAGUUCCUCAAAACAAAAUUGUGGGGAUGCAGGCGGAUCGAGUCAGAGAACACAUCAAACUUUUGCCUGCCAUGUCGUGCCACUACAGUCGCUUCAAGGCUCCACACCGUCGCUACCUAGACUCGUCCCUUACCAUCAAGAAACUCUAUGAUUCAUACGUAGAAUGGAUGGAAAAGGAACACAGUAAUGAACCGUUUGUCACCUUCAGCUACUACAGUGAUGUCUUCACCAAGGAAUUCAACAUUUGCUUUGCACCUCCUGAUUCUGACACCUGUACCACUUGUGAUACUUUGAAUGCUGCAAUUAAGAAUGAUGCUGAAAACCUGGAGAAGGUAGCAGAACAUCAAAUGAAUUUACAGGCACACAAGGCAGAAGCAGACGAAGCACAGAACCUUAUGAAAAUAUGGAAAAAUAAUGAUGAUGAUGAUGUUCGUGCAGUUGCUGAUUAUGAUGCCACUAACUUCACCAACGCCACAAGAAUGCGCCUCAUGCCAGGAAGAGAUCCAUACAGUCCCAACAACUUCAACCUCAGUACCAUACAGUUGACUCCCAAAUAUGACCGUCCUCUCAGACUUGAUCAGGAGAAAGUGGCAGAUAUCAGGUCACUGUAUCCACUUCUGAGUGUUGCUGAACAACAGUUUUAUGAGAACAUCUUCCAGAAUCAAGAAGAUAAUCAAAUAGAUGCCUCUAAUAACGAUGAAGAUCAUGUUGACAACUACACACUGGACUACCAUAAGGAAUAA